AUGGCGAAUAAUCAACAACUCUCGCAAUUAUCUGAGGCACUUUCUUCAGCUUCUCAACAAAUUCUUGAUGCGACAGAGACUCACAUUUUGACACCAGCUCCGAUUCCUAUAACUCCGCAACAAAUUACUCCAACAGCGACUCAUUCGACUUCCCAACAAGAUUCUACUCUAGAAGCAACUCCACUAAUUACCCUUCAACGAGUCUCUGCUCCAGAAGAACCAGCAAUAAUUCUCUUAG